AUGCACUCACGUCUCCACAACCUGCAGGAUGGAGUCCUAGGUGAUCCAAUCAUGGUCGGCGGACCUUCUCUUUCCCAGCGGGACCCGCUCUCUUGCACCAACCGGCCCUUGGUCCUCUGGCGCUCCUGGACUCCUGCGUGGUCCAGUCCUACAAAUAACAAAGCCGAGCUCAUCCAGGAUAUUGGGGAGAUUCCGAAAUGA